GGCGUGGGCUGCGGCGAGCGAGCCGAGCGUCCGGCCGAGCCCAGCCGAGGCCCGAGCCCACCCGAGUGCUCCCGAGCCCGCGGCCCCCGCCCGGGGCGAUGGAGCCGGAGCCUGGCGGGGCAGCCGCUGCGCUCCUGCGGCAGAAGAGGGCGGCGCUGCGGCGCAGGGGGUGCAGCUUCGAGAGCCCCAGCACAGCGCUUCAGCCUUCAGCCCCGCUGAUGGAUCCGAUGACCAAGGGGUCCUGUGGGAGUCAGAUGGCACAAACCCUUCUCUGGAAGGCCAAGUCGUCUCUGUCCUUUGGCAUCCAACCUCUUCAGACGUGGCCAACGAAAGACCCUGAACUAGAGUCCCAGGUCAACCUCUCUGUCUCGGAAGACCUAGGCUGUAGACGUGGGGAUUUCAGUAGGAAACAUUAUGGAUCUGUGGAGCUGCUCAUUUCCAGUGAUGCUGAUGGAGCCAUCCAAAGGGCUGGAAGAUUCAGAGUGGAAAAUGGCUCUUCAGAUGAGAAUGCAACUGCCCUGCCAGGUACUUGGCGAAGAACAGACGUGCACUUAGAAAACCCGGAGUACCACACCAGAUGGUAUUUCAAGUAUUUUUUAGGGCAAGUCCAUCAGAACUACAUUGGAAACGAUGCAGAGAAGAGCCCCUUCUUCCUGUCUGUGACCCUUUCUGACCAGAACAAUCAGCGUGUCCCUCAGUACCGUGCAAUUCUGUGGAGAAAAACGGGGACACAGAAAAUAUGCCUUCCCUACAGCCCCACAAAAACUCUGUCUGUAAAGUCCAUCUUAAGUGCCAUGAAUCUGGACAAAUUUGAGAAAGGUCCUAGGGAGAUUUUUCAUCCUGAGAUACAAAAGGACUUGCUGGUUUUGGAAGAACAAGAGGGCUCUGUGAAUUUCAAAUUCGGGGUUGUUUUUGCCAAAGAUGGACAGCUCACUGAUGACGAAAUGUUCAGCAACGAAAUUGGAAGUGAAACUUUUCAAAAAUUUUUAAAUCUCCUGGGUGACACAAUCACUCUAAAGGGCUGGACAGGCUACCGCGGCGGUCUGGACACCAAAAAUGACACCACAGGGAUACACUCGGUCUACACUGUGUACCAAGGGCAUGAGAUCAUGUUUCACGUUUCCACCAUGUUGCCAUAUUCCAAAGAGAACAAGCAGCAGGUGGAAAGGAAGCGCCACAUUGGAAACGAUAUCGUCACCAUCGUGUUCCAGGAAGGAGAGGAAUCUUCUCCUGCCUUCAAGCCUUCCAUGAUCCGCUCACAUUUUACACAUAUCUUUGCCUUAGUGAGAUAUGACCAACAAAAUGACAACUACAGGCUGAAAAUAUUUUCGGAAGAAAGCGUACCACUCUUUGGCCCACCCUUGCCAUCCCCACCGGUGUUUACAGACCACCAGGAAUUCAGGGACUUUUUGCUAGUGAAAUUAAUUAAUGGUGAAAAAGCCACCUUGGAAACCCCAACCUUUGCCCAGAAGCGCCGGCGUACUCUGGACAUGUUGAUUCGAUCUUUAUACCAGGAUCUGAUGCCAGAUUUGCAUAAGAACAUGCUCAAUAGACGGUCGUUUAGUGAUGUCUUACCUGAAUCGCCUAAAUCAGCACGGAAGAAAGAGGAGGCUCGCCAGGCAGAGUUUGUCAGGAUAGGGCAGGCACUGAAAUUAAAGUCCAUCGUGAGAGGGGAUGCCCCAUCAAGCUUGGUGGCCUCGGGGAUCUGUAAGAAGGAGCCUUGGGAGCCCCAGUGUUUCUGCAGUAAUUUCCCUCACGAAGCCGUGUGCGCAGAUCCCUGGGGCCAGGCCUUGCUGGUUUCCACUGAUGCUGGCGUCUUGCUAGUGGAUGAUGACCUUCCAGCUGUGCCUGUGUUCGACAGAACUCUGCCUGUGAAGCAGAUGCACGUGCUGGAGACCCUGGACCUUCUGGUGCUCAGAGCAGACAAAGGGAAAGACGCCCGCCUCUUUGUCUUCAGGCUGAGCGCCGUGCAGAAGGGCCUGGAAGGGAGGCAGGUGGGCAGGGGCAGGUCUGACUGCAGAGAAAACAAACUGGAGAAGACAAAAGGCUGCCACUUGUACGCUGUUAACACCCACCAUAGCAGAGAGCUGAGGAUCGUGGUUGCAAUUCGAAAUAAACUGCUUCUGAUCACCAGGAAACACAACAAGCCGAGCGGGGUCACCGGCGUCCCCCUGUUAUCUCCCCUGUCCGAGUCGCCUGUUGAAGAAUUCCAGUACAUCAGGGAGAUCUGUCUUUCGGACUCUCCCGUGGUGAUGACCUUGGUGGACGGGCCGACAGAAGAGAGUGACAACCUCAUCUGUGUAGCUUACCGACACCAGUUCGAUGUGGUGAAUGAGAGCACGGGGGAGGCCUUCAGGCUGCACCAUGUGGAGGCUAGCAGGGUUAAUUUCGUUGCAGCUAUUGAUGUGUACGAAGAUGGAGAGGCGGGCCUGUUGCUGUGCUACAACUACAGUUGCAUCUAUAAAAAGGUCUGUCCGUUCAAUGGUGGCUCUUUUUUGGUUCAACCCUCCGCAUCAGACUUCCAGUUCUGUUGGAACCAGGCUCCUUAUGCAAUCGUGUGCGCCUUCCCGUACUUGCUGGCCUUCACUCCCGACUCCAUGGAGAUCCGCCUGGUGGUAAACGGGAACCUGGUCCACACAGCCAUCGUGCCGCAGCUGCAGCUGGUAGCCUCCAGAUCGGACAUCUACUUCACAGCCGCUGCGGCUGUGCACGAGGGCUCUUCCGGAGGCAGCUCCCAGGGACCCAGUGCCCACAGCUCUCCACAGACGCCCCCAGGCCGAGAGACGCCUGUGUUUCCUUCUUCCCUGGGGGAAGGUGAAAUUCAGUCAAAAAAUCUGUACAAGAUUCCACUUAGAAACCUGGUCGGCAGAAGCAUCGAGCGACCUCUGAAAUCACCCUUAGCCUCCAAGGUCAUCACCCCACCCACUGCCAUCGGCCUGGGCAUCGCUGCCAUUCCUGUCACUCAUUCCUUGUCCCUGUCUCGCAUGGAGAUUAAGGAAAUAGCAAGCAGGACCCGCAGGGAACUGCUAGGCCUCUCGGAUGAAAGUGGACCCAGGUCAGAAGGAACGCCAAAAGUCAAAUCAAAAGCCCGGAGGCGGUUAGAAGAAACCCCAGGAGGCUCCAAGCCAGGGACAAUGAGAUCCACUAGCAGUGAUAGGAUCCCAUCUGGCUCCUUGGAAAGUCCUUCUGCCUCCGAAGCCAAGCCCGAGGGCUGUCAGCACUCGCUGAGCUCCGAGCAGGACCCUGUGGCCGACAGAGAGGGCAGCCCAGUGUCGGCCUCGGGCAGCAGCCUGUUUCAGCUCAUAGCUUCCUCUGACGAAGACGUUAUUGACUUGAAGUAAAUAGAGCCCAAGUCUCAUUUGCCACCUUUAGUUUUCAUAUGGAGGUUUAUACCCUGUAAAUAGUUCUACCGUCAUUUCUCAACAACAUUCGGCUUCCUGCCUGUCAGAAAUCGAUUGGACCAAACCUUCCGCACCCUCGGCCAGUUUGGGUCUCUCUCCAGUGUCCGGUGCCGUCCUCCUUGACCUUUGUUUCUUUCCAUCCAGAAACCCUCAAUCCCCUUGUAAUAAAGGUGUUAGAUUUCAUUGAGGUUUUAGACUGAAACUUUGAAUAAAUCAAAAAUGUUCAUUCUUACUUACUG